AUGCCUCCUCGGGGGCCCACCUCGCCCCUCACUGGUCCUCCUCCGGGUGGAAAUCCCACUUGUCGAAUGCAGUCUGCCGUUAUGUCGAUGUCCGCGGCGCCCCAGCAUCCCAGCCAUCUUGGUCCACCACCGCCACACGCCCAGAUGCACCCAGGACCUAUGAUGCUUCCGGUAGGCGCCUCUGGUGGAGGAGUUCCUAGUGGUCUCCCAGGUAUUCACUACGCACCUCAUGGACCUCUUCCGCCCGGUGGUCCUAUGCCUGGCGGUCCGGACAGACCCGAUCAUGGCAUCCCGCAGAUGCCACCCGGACAGCAACCACAACUUGGCGGUCCCAUGAUUCAACAUCAUCAUGGGCCUCCUCCGCCACAGCCCGGCGCUAUGGGGGUUCCUCCGAUGCCACCGCAUCAGCAAAUGCCACCGGGACCAAUGCCCGCGCACAAUCACCCGCACCAUCUUCACCAUCCCGUUCAUGCCCCCCUGCCAAUACAUCGCGGUGGAUUCCAACCGGAGUACCGAAUCUACGAGCUGAAUAAGAGGCUGCAACAACGAGCAGACGAAAGCGAUAGCCAGUGGUGGGAGGCCUUUGCAACAGACUUUUUUGAUGACGAUGCGACAAUUACAAUCACUGUGCGACUGGAGGAUGGUCCAAAGCAUUUUAACAUUGGCCGAACCCUCAUCCCGCGCUACUUUCGUAGUAUAUUUGAGAGCGGUUGCACCGAGCUCUUCUUUAACUUGCGCCACACUCGGGAGUCCUUUCACAAUUCCAUACUAACACUGGAGUCGGAUUGCGCCAGUAUGGUCAUGAAUAUGACUCGACCCUUUCCAACGACUGUCUUUGUGGAGGCUCAGUUCACUCUGGGAUUCACUCUGGAUGAGCUUAUGCGGAUUCGUAAUUGGACUUUCCAAAUUCGGUCCCAUCGAGAGCUGAUAAUUCGAUCCGUGCUCGGAGUUCAGGAUCCAAUGGUAUUCGAACAGGUUUCAAAAAAUGUUACCAGGUCGGGUAUUCUGGCCAAUACUCUCCAUUUCCUUCGUCUAUGUGUUAUUCUCGAGCCCAUGCAAGAGUUGAUGUCUCGGCAGAAAUUUCAAAAUAUUCCUCCUCGUGAUUGCCUUCGCAACAUCGUUAUGAACCGGUGGAAACGGAUGACAGCUAUCCCAAAUCAACCCACAAAGGCCGAGUCUAACCGACAAACGAACAAAAGGCGAAAACGGAAAGGCUCGUCUGCCAACUCAGAAACUGGCGGCGGUCGAGCCACGAAGCGUAAACAGUCGCCUGUGCCGCUGCCUCCGCAGAGCCUUGCUCAACCUGGAGACAUACUGAUCGUGGGUGAGCCAACAUUAAUGGGCGGUGAGUUUGGGGAGGAUGAUGAGCGAAUGAUCACACGUUUGGAGAACAGCCAGUACGAUCCGGCGGCAGCUGCUGUGGCCCUCGCCGCCCAACAGCAGCAACAACAGUUGAACGCAAUGGGCGGAGGGAUGCCCCCCCAACAACAGCAGCAGCACCAUCACCAUCCCACUACAACCUCUGGUAUGUCACCCUUCAGUCGUCCACCCUCAUUUCCACCUCCUUUUCCUCCGGGCGGAGGGGCUCAGUCCUCCUCACCGAUGAUGUAUGCGCCCGGACUACCCUACGCACCGCCACCACUGCAACAGCCACCUUCCUCUUCACCCUCAAUAAAACCGCACCAAUCGCCACUCUAUGGCCAUCCCAAUAGCGUGCCGCCACAACCACCACCGUCGAUGCCCUACGGUGGGGGUGGCGGUCCUCCAGGCAGCGGUGGUCCGAUAAUGCCCGCCAGCGUUCCCCCGCCUCACGCUGGUGUUGGUGGCGGCCGAAUCCUGUCUCCGAUGGGCCCCGUUGGUAUGGGCAAUCCCUCUACGCCUCUCGGACCAGGUGGGCCAAAUUUAGGCAACGCACCCAUGAUGUUUGCCCCUCCACCAAGCCUAGCAGACUCCGAGCCUGGAGGUGUUGUCGGAAGUGGUGGUGGAAUGGGUCAGCAGCCCCCUCGCGCUAGCAGUGCAUCAUCUCUGAACACCGCGGGUCUUCCACCCACCUUCCCUCCACCUCCUGAAGGUGUUACUCCUCCUCCCAAUCUGCAACAGCAACAGAAUGGUCCAGUUGCUUUCCAGGGCCAAAAGAGUCCCACUCUCAGCAGUCCUGGCGUCUCUGUCACUGGUUCCCUUCAAUUCCCACCUCCUUUGACCUCACAUUUCGAUUCUAUAGCGGUCAAUAGUGGAGGCAGAGCUCCUACCCCUAGACUACAGCCUGCCAGUGUUUCGGGGCAACAGCUAUCCGACGGUUCUGGUCCAGGAUCGAUAGGCCGGUCGGAGACACCGAAUCCGAACGGUUUCUCAGGCAGCAGUGAGACUGUUCCCACUUCCACUGCUUCCUCAAGCACUACCUCCUCCUCGUGUGGCUCCAUGCUACCAAACGCUCUCUCCGCCUCCUCCCACCCAGCUCCCAACGGAUCUGGCGUUGUUAUGCCCGCGCCCUCUUCUUGUCAAGGUGGUGCUGGUGGUGAUGCCUCGGUCUCAACAGUGCCGGUUCAGUAG